AUGACUUCUACGUAUCGCAGCCCAUCUAUCAAGUCGAGUCCUCUUCAGGAUGAAAUGAAGGAGAACGCCGCAGCAGAGAUGGUUGAGACAGUAUCUCGGACCCAGGGAAGUGCCGAGGAAGGCGCUUGGGCUUCUGCGAAGAAGAACCCUAAAGUGAUUCUCUACAGUGUGGCUGCUUGUGUGAGCUCAAUGCUUUGGGGUUUCGACAUUGGCGUCAACUCCAUAAGUGUGGCAUUGCCUGCUUUUAAGAUGAUCUUUGGGUAUGAAUAUGAGGGCGAGCUCUUGAUCUCGGCCACGUGGAACGCCCUAUGGACAGCCAUGACAUCGCUUGGAAUGUUGAUCGGAAGUAUCAUUUGUGGUUGGGUGUCCGAUCGCGGUGGUCGACGACUUGGAUUUGGAAUUGGCUCCGCUGUUUCUUUGCUUGGAGUAGGCCUCGAAUAUGCUGCCAGUGAGCCUGGUAUGCUCCUUGCUGGUAAAAUUAUCAACGGUCUGUCCCUAGGUUUCUUCCUGACACUAGGCUCCACAUACGCCUCCGAGAUUGCACCAACUGCCUUACGUCCUUCUUUAACCGCCGCUGUCAACCUGUUCAUCAAUGCCGGUCAGCUGAUGGCCAUUGGUAUUGGUAACACUCGCUUCGCUAUAAUGGUCCCUGCAUCAUACAAAGUCAUCUUUGCGGCUCAAUGGGCAUUCCCUUGCUUUAUCGCAUUGCUGGCAAUGUUAAUGCCUGAAAGUCCCUGGUAUCUUCUACGUAAGGGCCAUGUCGAGCAGGCAAGGAAGAGCCUGCGGAGACUCCAUCUGGAGGCAACUGACACAACGUUGAUUCUGGAAGAGAUUCAAUCUUCAAUUGCGGCUGAAAAUGCGAUUGCAGAAAUUCAAAAGGAUACGUCGUACUGGGACUGUUUCCGUGGCACUAAUUGGCGCAGAACCCGCAUUUCGUGCGGAAUGUUUGCAGUGCAGCAAUUCACCGGUAUCGCAUUCUAUUCACAGGCCUUGUACUUCCUCGGUAUCUCUGGUCUACCCACCGCUCUUACUUUCCAGCUCGCGCUCGGAGGCUUCGGUGUAGCCAUGCUUGGAAACAUCAUCUCAUGGUUCAUCAUGAAUUAUGUUGGCCGAAGACCUCUCCUUUUGACUGGUAUUUUACUUAAUGGUAUCUGUCUGAUGUCUGUCGGUGUUGCCGGAUGCUUCAAAUCCAUGGCUGCGCUAUACUAUAUUGGAUAUGUGAUGAACUUCGCCCAGCUCUUCUAUGCUCCCACCGUUGGAGCUGUGAGUUGGACUAUCAGCGCGGAAGUGGGUUCAGUCAAGCUUCGAGCCAAAACGCAAAGUUUGGCGAUUGGAACCAACGCAUUCGUUAGCUGGGCAAUGAACUUCAUUGCACCUUACCUUAUCAACACUGAUGAGGCCAAUCUGGGAGGCAAGGCUGCAUUUGUAUGGAUGGGCCUCUCCUUUGUUAGUCUUGCUUGGGCUUGGUUUGAGGUUCCUGAGCUCAAAGGUCGUUCUUUUGCUGAACUGGACGAGAUUUUUGCUCGAAUGACACCCACACGAAAGUUCCAGAAAGCAUUGGUCGACUUCAGUUUGGGCUCUAAAGAUGCUUCAUCUUAG